GUCACUUUCACUUUAGAGGGAUGUGUUUACUGAGGUCCCUGCAAUCCACACAGCUGCCCUACCCUGGGACACACAGCAGUGGGGCACCACAGAAGAGCAAGGUGGUAAAGGCCAAGGCACUGGGAGACCACUGUCCUUGUGUCCCAUUCCCAGGACAGACAUGUCUGACAGAACCCGGCAACGCUUAAGCUACUACUUGGAGCAACUGAGUAAAGAAGAGCUGAAAACGUUCCAGCAUCAGCUGCUAACAGAAACGGCUUGGCCAGAGGCCAGUGGCAUAGAGGUAGCCUCAGGCCUGGUGGCUAAGUAUGGGAAUCACCAGGCCUGGAACAUGGCCCUCCACACCUGGGAAAAGAUGGGCAUGACGCAACUUUUCAGCCAGGCCCAGCAAGGGAAGGACCUGACAGUGACCCAUGCUCCCUCAUUCCUCUGUGUCCCGAGCACAUCUAACGUGGAAUCCUCCAGCCAGCUCGUUUCUGCAGAGUUGAGGCCAGACUACCAAUCUUCAUCUGACCAGAUGUCCACAAAGAAAACUUUUGUAAAGAAAGGUACCAAGUCCAGGUGCAGAAUGAGAGAAACUGCAAUAAAAUCAAGCCAGAACCAGAGAAGAGAGAGCCCUUGCCAUACACGGUCCUGGGAAACUGAAGGUGUCCACCAAAUAUACACACAGCUGCUACUAUUACAAAAAUCUUGCCCCAGAGGCCAGAGGUCCAUAGUGAGAGAAGGAGAGCACCAGGACAUUAAAGACAGAGGACAUCAGAUUGCCAUCCAAGACUUAUUUGACCCAAGCCCAGGUAGCCAGAAGAAGCCUCGGUUAGUCAUAUUAGAGGGGGCUGCUGGCAUUGGGAAGUCAACGCUGGCCAGGCAGGUGAGGAGAGCAUGGGGGCAAGGCCAGCUCUACAGGGAUCGCUUCCGGCAUGUCUUCUACUUCAGCUGCAGAGAGCUGGCCCAGUGUGAGCAACUGAGUCUGGCUGAGCUCAUAGCAAAAUAUGAGAAUGUCCACAUGGAUCUCAUAGAGGAGAUCCUGACUCACUCUAAGAAGCUGCUUUUCAUACUGGAUGGCAUAGAUGAGCCACCAUGGGUCUUGCAGAAGCCUAAAUUCUAUCGGCACUGGAGCCAGUCACAGCCAAUGCACACACUGCUGGGCAGUUUGCUGGGGAAAUCUUUACUUCCUAAGGCUUCCUUGCUACUCACAGCUCGGACCACAGAACUAAAGACACUCAUUCCUUCCUUGGAGCAGCCACGGUGGGUGGAGGUCCUGGGCUUCUCUGAGUCUGGACGGAAGGAAUAUUUCUACACAUACUUUGCAGAGGAAAGAAAAGCAAUUACAGCUUUUACCUUGGUUAAAUCAAACCCAGUGCUCUUGACCCUGUGUCUGGUGCCUUGGGUGUCCUGGAUAGUCUGCACCUGCCUGAAACAGCAGAUGGAGCUUGGGGGAGACCUCUCACUGACCUCACAGACCACCACAGCCCUCUGCCUGAAAUACCUUUCCCAGGCUCUCCCGGCUCAGUCCCUGGGGGCCCGGCUCAGAGGGCUCUGCACACUGGCUGCUGAAGGGAUCUGCAGAAAAAAGAGUCUGUUCAGUGUUAAGGACCUCAGGAAACAGAAGGUACCUAGGUCUGUUAUCUCCACUUUCAUGAACAUGGGUGUCCUUCAGAAGCAGCCUAAUUCUACCAACUACAGCUUUGCCCACCUGUGUCUCCAGGAGUUCUUUGCAGCGAUGUCCUGUGUCUUGAGUUACAAAGAGGGAAAGGACAGCUGUGAAAACUUUAAAGCUGUAGAAAAGCUGAUAGAAGUCUAUGGAAGACUUCACCUGGUUGAGGCGCCCACCAUGCGCUUCCUGUGCGGCCUUUUGAGUGACCAGGCAAUGGAUGAAAUGAAGAACAUUGUCGCCUGCUGGCUGCCCCUGGAGAGGAGGUGGGAGCUACUGAAGAGGGUCCUGGAGGAAGCCCACCUCCAACACUCGUAUUCGCUUGGAUUGCUCCACUGUCUGUAUGAGAUUCAGGAUGAGGCGCUCCUGACACGGGCAAUGCACAGUUAUCAAGGAGCAAGGGUUCAUGUCCAGACAGAUAUGGCGCAUCCAGGAUUCCAGGCAGAUGUGAAGCACCUAGUGAUCCAGACAGAUGUGGACCUUAUGGUGGCCGCUUUCUGCAUUAAGUUCUGCCACCAGGUGAAGGCACUUCAGCUGGAUGGGGGUGGACGGCAGGGACAAGCGCUGAGGGUCCCCAGGCUGGUUCUGUCCAGGUGGACCCCUGUCACUAAUGCCACUUGGCAGGUUUUCUUCUCCACUCUUGAGUUCACAGGAAGCCUGGAGGAGCUGGACCUAAGAGAGAAUCCAAUGAGCUACUAAGCAGUGCAGAGUCUCUGUAGGAUGCUGAGACAAGCUAAAUGUCACCUAAAGACAUUGUGGCUGGUCAGAUGUGGCAUCACAGCCAGCAGCUGUGAGGAUCUGGCCUCUGUGCUUAGCACCAACUGCAGCCUGACUGAGCUGGACCUGCAGCUGAAUGACCUGGGUGACCAAGGGGUGAAGCUGCUGUGUGAGGGGCUCAGGAAUCCUGCCUGCAACCUCAGAAUCCUGAGGCUGGACUUGAGCUCUCUGAAUGACCAGGUGAUGGUAGAACUUAAGGCUCUGAAGGAAGAGAAACCCAAGCUGCUCGUCCAGAGCACACGGCAGGAAGCAGAGAGGGAGCUAGAACAGUCAGAGUCUUUGAAACCACAAAGCCCACCUCCCAGUGAUGUAAUCUCUGAACCAAGGCCGCAGCUCCCAGACAGCACUGCCAGCUGGAGACCAAGUGUUCAGUGCAGUAGAUUAUGGAAGACCUCUCACUCAGACUGCCAAAGGAAACCACCUGUGAAGGUCUCUACUCCGGAUCUGGAUGAAGGAGAAACGAGUGCAGGCCCAUCCUCACUCAAGCGACAGAAACUACAGUUAGAGGAAGCUCCAAAGCAAGAAGCCGUGCCGCACUCUUUUCCGAGAGACCAGCUCAUCAUGGCGUCUCAUAAGAUUGAAGAUGGCUUCUGGGGUAGCACAGGACCUCUGCCUACUGAGGUUGUUGACAGUGAAAGGAACCUGUACCGAGUUCAGUUCCCUAUGGCUGGCUCCUAUCACUGGCCCAGCACUGGUCUUCGCUUUGUGGUGACAAGGGCAACGAUCAUAGAGAUAGAAUUCUGUGCCUGGAGACAGUUCUUGGGCAAGACUCCCCUGGAGCAGAGUCACAUGGUGGCUGGGCCUCUGUUUGACAUCAAGGCUGAGCAGGGAGCUGUAGACUCUGUGUAUCUGCCGCAUUUUGUGGCUCUCCAAGAAAUUCAGGACACCUCAAACUUCCAAGUGGCCCACUUUCUGAAGGACGGGGUGGUCUUGGAGACGCCAACCGAAGUGGAGCCACAUUGCACAGUUCUAAAAAAACCCAGCUUCUCUACCAUAGGAGUGAUGCUAAAAAUAAUCCCUGUCACCCGGCGAUUCCUGCCCAUCACCUCUAUCACGUUGCUCUACCAUCAACCUCAUGCUGACGAGCACAAAUUCCACCUUUACCUCAUCCCCAAUGACUGCACUAUUCGAAAGGCCAUAGAUGAUGAAGAAAUGAAGUUCCAGUUUGUGCAAAUACACAAGCCUCCCCCGAUGGGCUCCCUUUAUGUGGGCUCUCGUUAUACUGUGUCUGGUUCAGGGACUAUGGAAAUUACACCCAAGGAACUGGAGCUGUGCUACCGGAGCUCCACGGAAGCCCAGCUCUUCUCAGAGAUCUAUGUUGGCUGCUUAAAAUCAAGGAUCCGGCUGGAAAUAAAAGACAAGAAUGCUGAUGCUGUCGUUUGGGAAACUGUGUUGAAACCAGGGGACCUCAGACCUGCAUCCACUCUGGUCGCUGCAGCCUCUACAGUUGCCAGACCCUCCCGGCACUUUGUGGACCAGCACCGGGAGCAGCUGGUGGCCCGAGUGACAUCAGUGGACCCUGUCCUGGACAGACUGCACGGUCAAGUGCUGAGUGAAGAGCAGUAUGAGAUGGUUCGUGCUGAGGCCACCAAUCCCAACAAGAUGCGGAGGCUGUUCAGCUACAGUCAGUCCUGGGACCGGGCCAGUAAAAGUCAGUUCUACCAAGCUCUGAAGGAGACCCAUUCUCACCUGAUCAUAGAACUCUGGGAGGUGUGGGCCAGGGAUCUUGGGGAAUGGGUAUCCUGAAAGCUCAACAGCUGAAGCCUGGGCCUUGAAUCACAUUCCUGCCUGAUCUUUCUUUUGGCCUCAAUCCCACCAUCUGUGAUCCCUCUUGGUCUGUAAAGCUUCCAACAGUCUUGCCAGCUGCAGAACGCAUUCUCAGAGAUGUCAUUAUUCCCUCUGGACAGCCUACCUGGGAAAGCCAAGGGGGCCAUCUGGGUGACUGUGAGACAUCCUUGGCAGUGGGCAUACUUUAUCAGUCCACUCAGAAUGGUUUACAGUUUAAAACUUAAAAAUUGUUUGUUUCUGGAAUUGUCCAUGUAACAUUUUCAGGCCACACUCUACUUUGUGCUAAUUAAAAACCCUGCCUUUAAAAAAAAAAAAAA